UUUCUUCUUUCUGGGUCGUGUAAACUGCGGAUGAAACGAGCAUGCCCUGCUGGCAAUUAUGGUCGGUUCCGGUGCCAAUCAUCGCCUUCGAACUCUCUCAAGAUCAAGACAGGUGUUGAAUACAAUUUUAUUAGUACACGUCUUCUUCGGUUAGGUUCUGGCCUCUUUCCAACACUGCCGCCUUUGCUGUGGUCGCGUAGCUCAAGUUACACGCAGCCCCCGCGACUUGUACGAUCAAGAUGUCAGAUUACGGAUCCAGGUUGCGACUCGAGAAAAGUGAGAAGUACAUGAUAACCGGAGGGGACCUUCAUCUUACCGCGGGAAACACUUUAUACAGAGUACAUCGAUACUUUUUUGAAAGGGAGUCCCCCAAAUUCAAAGAGAUUCUUGGAAAACCGACUUCCCCAGGACAGCCAAAACCCGGCAGUACACCAACCUCUGCAAUUCUUCUAGAGGUAACCAGUGAAGAACUUGACAAAUUCUUAUGGGUUUUCUACAAUCCGACGUUUUCAUGGGAUGCCCCGGUUGAAGAUUGGGCAUCUAUUUUGUACCUGGCCAGUCUAUGGCGGUUCCCUCAUGUCAAGGCUCACGCUCUCCGGGAGUUGGAACAGAUGACGAUGCCGUUGAUCGACAAAAUCGCUCUAUUUCAAAAGUGCUCGCUAGAUGAAGAAUACCUUGUACCUCUCUACGGUGCGCUCUGUGCAAGGGAUGCACCGCUGAGCAUCGCCGAGUCCGAAAAGCUGGGUGUGCAAACAGCUGUAAUCGUUUUCCAGGCUAGGGAGGCGCUUCGAGCACAUUCAUCCGAGAGAGGGAAGAGCCCACUUCCCGAGGAAGUUGAGGAUGACGAGAUCGUCGACACCAUCCGCGAUAUACUGAAAGGCGUUCCACACAGCAAUCGUAAGAGUAUUUCACUUAGUGGUUGGGUUGAAAUUUUUCUCUACCAGCAUGAACCGACUAUUAAUGGGAUUUUUCGCGGGCAGGCAGCAGCGUACGAGGAAGCGCUGGCAUCGAGGGACGUGCACGGACGGACUCGAAGAGCACGCCGGAUAACAAGAGAAGAGUUUCCGUCCGAUCCGGGAAUGGAAACCAUAACAGAGAAGGAAACGGAACCACCGACGACCCCAAAGAUUACUGAACCGCCUGAACCAGGAUCUGAAAAUUCAGUGGAUGAUAGUGAAGCAAAACCCUCUCCUGGUACACAGGGCAGAAGACGGUCUUUUCGGAAGAGCCUGCUGAAGAGCCUACGGAUAUCGAAGAAGUAGAGACUCGUAGCGUUGAAAGUUUCCUGAAAAAUCAAGGCACAAUCGCAGUAGCAGCCAGAACAGAAUCCCGUAUCAGUCGAGCGAGCAGAACAGACUGCAACUCAUCUCUAUGCUCGACCCCGCCUCUGCCAGGUGCUUGGCCUAGUUCAAGUAGUUAGUGGGUAUUGUGUAGCUGACCAAAUAAUGCGAAACACGACUUUCUCUCCUACUCCCAU